GCUGCUAUAAAACCCAUCCAGCUCCGGCGCUGCUUGGAUUUUCUUCCCUUUUCUUCUUUGCGCCCUUGUUGAUUCAAGCAGUGAGCGAGUUUGGAGCUUUGCGCUCACAUUUGCUGGCGAAAAGCUCUUGCUUUUUUCGUAUCUGUUCUCAUCCAAUCCUUAAUCUUAAUAGUUCUUCGUCCUUCCAUUUUCCCAUCGCGUCGCGCUAUCACCAUGGCGAAUUAUUACGAGAGUGAGAAGACUUCAGCAAUGGCCGAGGUCCAACCUCAGCCAACAACACCGGGCGAGAAGAAUGAGCAGCUUCACUCGGUGGCCGAGUCACCGGAGCUGGGCUCUCAGGGCCAGGCAGGGGAACAGCAGGAGCCGCAGCAGGGACGAUUCCGACAACUUUUCAGUUAUAUGCGCACUCGCGAUUUCUGGUUGCUCAUUCUGUUAGGUCAAGUUAUCGCGCUCGCAAAUAUCAGCUCUUCCACCUUCUCCAGUCUUUUAUCCAAUGAGGGGACAUCCUUGCCUGCGUUCCAAACUUUGUGGAAUUACGUGCUUUUGAAUUUGGUGUACACAAGCAUUACCAUUUACAAGUACGGCUUCAAGAAAUGGUUUCGCAUGCUUUACACCGACUGCUGGAAGUACUUCAUCCUAUCUUUCCUCGAUGUCGAAGGAAAUUACUUCAUGGUGCUGGCCUACCGUUACACUUCGCUGUUGAGUGCCGAGCUGUUCAGCUUCUGGACCAUUGUCGUCAUCGUGAUCAUCUCCUUCAUCUUCCUGCGUGUUCGGUACCACUUCACACAAUAUCUCGGGAUUUUCCUAGCCUGCAGCGGUCUCGGUCUUCUCAUUGCGUCGGAUCAUCUCCGUGGGGCUGAUUAUGCUGCGUCGAAUAAAGUCAAAGGAGAUCUAUUCGCAUUGCUUGCGUCUACCAUCUACGCCUUCAGCAACCUAUUCGAGGAAUUUAUGGUCAGCAAGCGGCCUAUGUAUGAGGUCAUCGGGCAGAUGGGUUUUUGGGGUAUGUUGAUCAACGGUGUCCAGUGCGCCAUCUUUGAUCGGAACUCUUUCCAUGGUGCCACCUGGAAUAGUAAGGUCGGAGGCUAUAUCGCCGGGUACACUAUCGUACUCUUCAUCUUCUACACCCUGGCACCCAUCCUGUUCCGGAUCUCAUCGGCGGCUUUCUUCAACAUCUCCAUGUUGACUAUGAACUUCUGGGGCUUGAUUAUCGGUAUCCAGGUCUUCCAUUAUACUGUCCACUUCCUCUACCCGAUUGCCUUCGUUCUGAUUGUCAUCGGUCUUUUCGUCUACUUCAUCAAGGAAAGCAAGCUAGGUGAAUCGGCCAAGCCAUGGCUUGGCGAGAAUCAGGAGCUUGGAGUUGAUGGCGUGGGUACCGCUCGUCGUGCGCAGAAAACUGGCCAUGCUAUCGUCUAAGCCAGUUCUCCAUAAGGUCAUUUGAUGAGUUCUUUUUUCAUACUGGGGUUGAAGUAAUGUGUGGUGAUAAAAGUUGCUUUUAUUUUUCUUGUUUUGCUCAAACCAUACAUGUACUAGAACCAGAUAAUUUAUGCGACGGCCUGCUGAGCAAGGCUAGCAGGAUAAUGAGAACAAUG